UGGAGGAAGUGUUUAACAAAGUGGGGGGCAAAUGGGUGGCAAGGUGGAAGCUUGUGUGGAGUGCACCCGGAAAUGUUUACUGAUUCAUAAGAAGAAGAAAAAUUCAUCACCUGUAGUUACCUCUUUUUUCAAAGUCAUGAUUGGUGAUCAGUUUUCUAAAGUGUUGUUUCUACCUCCUAAAUUUGCUGCUACAAUAUCAGCAUUGGUCAAUCAGAAAACAUUUCUCGAGGACACAAGUGGCCGGCAAUGGAAAGUAACGAUAUCCAUUGUUGAUGGCUCUCUUGCUUUUCAACGAGGGUGGAGUUCUUUUUCAUUAGACCAUGGCCUAGAAAUUGGAGAUUUUUUGGUGUUCAAUUACAUGGGAUCACACUUUGUUGUUAAUGUAUACAAUAAAACUGGAUGUGAAAAAUUACUCUUUCCUGAAAACAGCAGUCCGAAGAAACGAGCUAGGACUAAUUGCAAUUCUACUGCCAAACCUAGCCAAUGGCACACAAAUGAUGAAGAUUCAAUGAACAAACAGGGCUCAAGCACCUCUGCUGUAUCUAUGUCAGGUGCAGAAAUAAGUCAAAGUCAAUGCACGAUGGAAGUCCCUGAAAAUCCUUCCAAUCAUGAGGAUAUCAUCCAAAGGCCCAAACCUACAUCAACAGCAGAAUACUGUGAAGAGACAUAUUACAUGAUUGAUCGAGAUGUGGGGGACAGACAAGAUGACAGAAGCUCUAUGAUGGACUUGUCUAAAUUUGAAAUGAAGAAUAUCAACUCUGUUGCCGAUGUUACCAAAAAGUCUGCAGCCAAAGAUGUGAGAUCUUCUACUUCACAAAUGUUUCUUACAGAAACCUGUUUAUUUGAUAAGGAUCCAGUGACCAGUGGGACAGUGAGUAAAGUAGGAAAUAUAGAUGCAUCAGAGAUUGAGAGAAGUCAUUUUUUCGCAAAGCUAGAGAAAAAACCAUCCCUUCCCAAUAAAAUUUUUUGCAAUGACAAUACAUCUGGGCAUCUCUUCACCACUUCUGCAGUGACGCUUGACAAAAAUAAAGAGAGAAUUUCUGACAUAUUAAAUACAAAGUGCCAGAUUGCUGGGGAAUCAGGUGACAAAGUUUCAAAGUCAUUAACACUAAAGAAUCAGGUGUUUAUGUCCUCAAAGGAGCAUGCUUUGCUCAAUGACAUUGACAGUUGUCGAUCUGCUGCACAGAAAUUUAUUGUUAUGUCAGAGUCCUUUGGUGUUCCUAAUAACUUUGAGAGGCAGAACUGUCAAACUGGUGAAUUGAUAAAAAACCUUAAAAAGGAGGCUGUGGAGAUAACUCCAGAUUUGCGCAGUCAUAAGGAGAGAGGAGGUCAAGAAAUAUAUGGGAAGGAGUCAAAGGUCAUCAAGGAGGAGUUAAUUCAGCGUGCUGAUACAAUUGUUCGAGAUAAUGAUAUAGGUCUUAGAACGGUGAAAGCUGAACCUUUUGACUCAAUUGGGAUUUCCUCACCGAAUUCAGCCAGUAUCUCCGGUUUGGUGGCCACAGAUAAUAAUUCUUUUCUUGAGUUGUCCACAUGCUUGCUGUAUUCUAAGGGAAGAGUGAGAAUGGAUAGGAAGGUUGUCUAUCUGCGAGAUUCAGAUAUGAAAUUGUGGCCAGUCCUCUACCAUGACAGACACAGUCUCAAGCUUUUGGCAAAUGGAUGGGAAUCUUUUAGCGAAGCGAAUAAAAUUCAAGCUGGAGAUGAGUGUGUUUUUAGUCUUGAGAGUGAGGGUAUAUAUGGUGUCCAGAUUAUCCGAAAGUGAAGAAGGUAGAGUUGGUUCAAGCCUCACACUGUAUAAAUUCACCACUAUUUUGUGAAGAACUCUUAGAAUUGUAUAUCAGUGUUUGUGGACCCUUAGACCAGAAUUUAGUCAGAGUAGUCAUGUUUUCUAUC